AUGAAAGCAGCCGUUUUGUAUGCUAUCCCAGACCUUGCCUCCCUGAAUGCAUUAGUCCAUGCCUCUCCCUGCUUCCAUGCGUUGUAUCUGUCCCAGCGCAAACAACUACUGUCAACCGUCCUUGCAAGAUGCCUCCAACUGCCCGUCAUGGUCGAUGCAGUUGCUGCGCUGAUCGCCUUACGCGGGCGGCAGGACCGAUGCAAAGCCCCGAAGCCUGCUCUAGAGGCAGCUGAGGAGUUUCUGAGAAAAUACGUUCCCCUGCGUUCAAUACUGAAUUCCCUAUACCCCUAUUCUGCAGACGAAUACCUGGAUCAGGAGCUGGACGUUUAUCAAGUGUUUGCCUCUUUGACGGAAGACGAUCUACUUGAAAUGGCUCGACUUCAUACUAUAGUGGAGUUCAUCUUAAAAGAUAUGGUCCACUCCUUCUUCGGGCUUAGGUCAGAUACCCAAAAGCCAAAGGGGGAGGAUACUGCAUUAUCACCACCAGAAACAUUUCGGAUGCAACGAGCAAUCUACCGGCUAGAAAUUCACCAGCUCUUGUUCAGCAGCAACGGGCUUCCAUGGUCCGAAGGGCAAGAUCGGCUUAACGAUAUAUAUGUCGACUCUGAUGCCCAAUGGGAUCUAUUCCUCAGUUUAUUCGCACCAUGGGAAAUGGAAGAAAUCCGAUGUGUCCUGAUGUAUAUCUUUCGCGUAUAUGAAGAACUGCCUGGAGCGACCAAUUUCGACGAUUGGUGUGAGCUCUUUCCCGAUGAGAAUGAAGAUCCAUUAUCCCACCUUUAUGAUCACGAGAUCGAUGACGACCACAGAGAUCAUUACGUUUCUCUGGGGUUGGGGUUUCUUUAUCACUGGAUGCAUGUGUCCAGCAUAGCCUGUCGAGAAGAACGUUUGCUCAAGCAGAAGGCCAUACUCCGUGGCACUUUGAACGGGGCAGUAGACUUCAUAGCUAAUGCUUUGGACGCUAACCGCACCACCCGUAAAGAGGAGUAUGACAUAGACUUCGGUGAUGAAGGCACGAGUGGCAGGGUCUUCCUAUCAGAUACGGACUGGAAUAGUCCCAACUUGGCCUGGACCUGGUGUUUGAGUACGACCGAAGAAGAUGCAUCCAUAUCUCUUGGGAUGUAUGGUCAUAAUGCCUUGCGCAAUUGGGGAUUCUUAUUUUGGGAUGAACACCGAUUGAAAGAGUGGUGUCUGAGUCUGGAAAUGAUAAGAGAGAUAUACAAUUGUGGCUUCGAUGAGCCAAGGGAUAUGGAUGCCGAUUUGGUUGAGCUGAUGGAGAUGAAUAACACCAACAUAAAACAGUUGUUAUAG